GGCGGGAGUGCAGAAUACAGGGCAGCCUGGUUACCCUACGUGUCUCAACCUAUUUCCACGUCCAGGCGCCCCAUCCCUCCUGCCCACACGCCAGUGUUAGUGUGAGCAGCUUGGAUUGCUGAGAAGACCCCUAGGAAUAAAGCUCGCAGGGGAUGGGCGCACCAUAGGUUCGCACUUUUCUCCUUUUGAGUCAAUCUCCGUCCUAAGGAAGCGACUAUCAUCUGUCUCUCUCCCGCCCCCCCCCCUGCAUCCUAAAGAGACCGGCUGGCUCGGGAAGCCUUUGAUCACCCGAGACCAACCUCCACCCACCCCCGGGGCGUCUGGCCUCUGCGCUCCCAGUAUAAAGAGGAGCGUGGGGAGGCGGCCAGGGAACCCAAACACGCUGGUCUCUCCAGCCCUCUCAGCCACGGCAGCGCUGCGCACCCCGCACGUUGGGCGGAGCCCCAUGGAUCUCUAUCCCACCCAAAAUGCAGCCCACAGGGGAGGCCUUGCCCCGCCGGAGGGCCGCUUCCCCAGCGCCUUCGCCACAGGAUCCCCGCUGCACCUCAGCCCUAGCUCGGCCCAGGCACCCGCGGCUGACUUGCAUUGUGUCUCUGCAGACAGGAGUGAAGUGGCCGGAGGUGGCUGCCCUUCCCUGUCCCAGGAUCUCAGCCCGCCCGCCUCGGCCACUGCAGCCGCUGCCUUGCCUGCCCCGUUCCCUCGGGACGCGGCUGAGCUGGUGCCUUCCAUCUCCCAGCGCAGGAAAAGGACCAACUUCACCACGGCUCAGCUGGAGACGCUGGAGCUGGUCUUCAACGACACCAUGUACCCCGAUAUCUACCUGAGGGAGAAGCUGGCCGACAUGACCCAGAUCCCGGAGUCCAGGAUCCAGGUCUGGUUCCAGAACAGACGUGCCAAAUCCCGGCGGCAGCGAGGGAAACCUUGUAGCAGUCCAGCAGCUGCAGAGCCUUUCCCUAGCCACAAGGCUCCUGCCAAAAAUGCAUAUCCAGCGGUGGGCAUUCAGCAGCACACCUCACCCACAGAGCCGCACCACUACUACCAGGCCCCCGGGGGUCCUGCAGGGCUUGCCUACGCUACCCAGCCUCAUUUCCCCAGCAACCAUCCCAGCACCAGCGUAAAGGCUCUGGAGGAUCAGCAGCCUCAUUACGCGCUGUCGGGAGUAGCCCAGAUCAUUCAAAUAAAAGAGGAAAACGCGGGUCCGUACAAGUGGCCCUCCGCAAUGCCCUUACAGCCUGGGCUCGGGGUGGAUUUUGAGAGCGUCCCUCCGAAUAGGGCUAUCGGAUCUGAAAUGAAUUUUCUAGUGCCCCCUCUGCCCCUUUCAGCCGGGGCGAGUAGACAUGGCGGCAGGGGGAAGCUGUGUGGUCCUCACGCCCAAACGCCGCAGACCAUGUGUGGACAAUAUUCGCCCGUCUCUGAUACAGACGACACCAGCGGCUAUUCCGAGUCCGGUUCAGAGUGGGAGGAGAGCACCCUCAGUGCCUUCAGAGGAAUCUGAAGAAACCAUUCAAGAUCCGCGCGGGGGUAGGGGAAGGCAAAAGGAAAUACGUGUAAAAGUUACUUUUAAGCAACUUUUUGUAAUCAUGGAGUUUUGAAAACGGCGAAUUUCGGGUGUAUCUUUUAGAGUGAUAGAAAUAAGUCUUGUAAGCCACAGGUCUCUUAUGGAAAGGGCAUUUAUUUGUGAGCUCAGGCGUCUGGCACACAAAACAGCUAACCAACCACCUACGUGGUGUAAUUUUAUCAGCCAGACAACCUCCACCUAAUCCAAUCUAUUUUCCCCAGGAAAGGGAGACAUGGCAAGAAUUAAGUCCAUGCUAGUGACUGUGAAAGAAGUAGAAAGCAAUUUCUUAAGUUAUUUAAAAAUAAGGAAACUAACAGAUAAACAACACUUGUUUGGGUUUUUUUACUUGUAGCCUAAUAGGCAAAGGGGAGUGACUCGCACAACGCCGUAUCUUGUUUGCACAAAGCCACUGAGAACGCCACUGGUUAAACUAACCAAGAGGGAAGCUAGAGGUUACCGUAAUCCUAGAACUUUUAAAACCCAAUUCCCUCUCACCUCUCUUACUAAAAGUUUCCUAGCAGCAGCCCUUGAAUAACAUGUUGCAGAAUGCCUGUCUUUCACUGAACCCUAAGAGGUUCCUAAAACUCCUUGCUGCCAGACGGGAGGGACGGAGUCACACCCAGGUCACUGGUUUGUGUAAUAUAGAGUUAGUAAAGCAUAAACAGUGUUGGAAAGAGAGUACUAUGUGCAAUGUUAUCUCCUCAUUGUAAUUAAAUGAAGCUUAGUCUUCUUAAAUGUGUAAGACUUUAGAUUACUUCAUAGUUAAGAUUACACCCAAUAUCAACGAAUCUAGGAGUGUAGAGAAGACCCAAUAUUUCUGGGCGGUUCCACCCUCCUCCCUCCCUUGAGAUGCAUACAAGUGUCAUUUGAAUACAGUGAAAGUGUGUAUAACAGAAAUUACCAUGAUGCAUACAAAACUAUUCUCUCGCUUGAGGAUGAAAUUAUGUGCAAUAGUAAAACUUUUUAUUUUACCUAUUUAUUUUAAAUAAAUGAGUCUUGUAAAACUACCAACGGAUGAAAAUACAGCUCAGCUUUUAAAAUAAGAACAGACUGAUACUCAGUUGACCUAGCAAGGAAGAUAAACUGGCUAGUGUGUUUUUGUUUUGUUUUUAAUUCCACUAGUUUAUUUAUUUUUUGCAUCUUUAUUUAACCUUCUGUAGAAGGAUUAGGAAACACCUGGUUCUAUGUUUUGGAAAACCUGUGACAUUUCUUUUUGAGAAGAAAAAUAAAUUUGUUAUACUACCUUGCUUUUCCUUAUAUGCCAUUUUUCUAAAUUCCUGAAGGCAGGGAUCAACUCCUCCACUAUGUUGCAUUUCUAGUAUGGAGCAGACUCAGUCUAAGAGGGGAGAGGUACUGGAGUAUC